AUGCCAGUCUCUCUUUUACUUUCUCUCUUCCUUACUUUCUCUUUUCCUUAUUCUCUCUCUCCCUUACUUUCUCUUACUUUCUCUCUUUCUUACUCUCUCUUCCUUAAUCUCUCUCUCACUUCCUUAUUCUCUCUUCCUUACCCCCACUCCCUCUCUCUCUUUACUCUCUUCAUUAAUCUCUCUUUUCCUUACUCUCUCUCUUUCAUACCGCUCUCUUUGUUAGUCUCUCUCUCUUCCUUAAACUCUCUCUUUCAUACUCUCUCUACCUUACUGUCUUUCUCUUCCUUAGUCUCUCUCUCUCUUCUUUUCUCCCACUCUUCCUUACUCUUUCUCACUUCCUUACUCUCUCUCUCUUCCCUACUCUCUCUUUCUUCUUUAUUCACUUUCUUGCUCUUCCUUACUCUCUCUCUUCCAUACCGCUCUCUUUUCUCUCUCUCUCUGUCUUUUCUCCUUAGUCUCUCUCUUCCUUUUCUCCUACUCUUCCUUACCUUUUCUCACUUCCUACUCUCUCUCUUCCCUACUCUCUCUUUCUUCUUUACUCUCUUUCUUGCUCUUCCUUACUCUCUCUCUUCUUUCAUAUCUAUCUAUCUAUCUAUCUAUCUAUCUAUCUAUCUAUCUAUCUAUCUUAAUUUGUUAAUAUCUGCCUCAGUUUGUUAUAUAUCUAUUUAUCUGUCUUUGUUAAUAUCUAUCUAUCUAUCUAUCUAUCUAUCUAUCUAUCUAUCUAUCUAUCUAUCUAUCUAUCUAUCUAUCUAUACACACACAAACAUGUACGCACCCGGCCACACACGCACAUAUGUAAAUAAAAGGGACACAUCACAGUAG